GCUCAUCCAUUCUUUCUGAAAUGGCUCCUUGCCGUAAAGGUAUCAAAGCGCGUUCCUGUCGCUGUUACUACAGCCUGGUAGCGGACUGAGCGAGAGUAGAGCAUCAUGUGAGUUUCGAAGUACAAGUACUACAGAUACAGAGGAAUAUGCGAAAUGCACCAUCAUGGCGCCAUGUGUAUUAAGCACGCGGGACCAGUCGCUUGGAAAAAUAGCGACGCAAUAAAAAUCGCAAACCUACAAGUCAAAAAGUUGAGGAAACAAUCCUGCAAAUAAGACAGUAACGCAGAAUCAAAAUUCCAAACCAUGACCGACGAGUACAGCCCGGAGCAGGUGUCGGAGGUGUUCAAGGUGUUUGACCCGGACGGCGAGGGAAUCCGGAUAAAGGACAUUGGAACGGUGAUCCGCGCAACAGGCUUGAACCCGCCGGCAACCUUUGUGUCCGAAUGCGUGAAAGAUGCAAACCAAAACUCGUUGGACACGUGCAGCUUCGAGCUUUUCAUGAAGUAUGUGGAUCAAGCAAAGAGGCUACCCUCGGAGCUGGCGGAUAAGGGGAAGCUAAACGCGGACCUGGAUGGGCUGAAAAACGGGAUAGUGCACUUUUACGACAAGGUACGUUCAGAUGUUCUAUUGCGAAGACGUUUGGUUGCUAACUGAAUACGUUGUCGAUGUGCAUGAGUAUGUUUUUUCGAUGAACGUGAACCGCAAAAACGUAGUACCUGGGUCUACUGAAUACCACGGGUGUUUGUGGUUUUUCUGCAUGAGAACUAGAUCUACGCAUCCUGAACCCAAACAUGAACGCCUGGCGCGAACUACGUGUCAUCUUUUACUUUCCCGAACAGCAAAUAUAAGCGAUCCACCUUUCAGGUAUUUCCAUCCGCAACUAAGCUUUCGAGCAAAGUGGACGUGAAGAUGGCAAAUCUUGCUCACGUCCUGACAAGGCUGGGCGACAAGUUAACCGAGGAGGAAAUGGAUGAAUUUACGCGAGAAAUUCGAAAUUCGUGUGCAAUAGAGAACAACCGCGUGGACUGGGCAGAUUUGAAAAAAGUAGUGGCGUGACCAGAGAAGGCACUAUCUUGGGCAAAGCGUAUAAAACUCAAGAGUCUGCAGAUGUCAACAU